CCCGCGGUGCCAGCUGGGGCCGCAAUUCUCGCGUUCCCCACGCCUUCUGCACUAUGCCUGCCAGCUGAAAGGGACGUUGACUGAUUAAACUUUUGCGAAUCAACUCGGCCGAGGCAGGGGUCAGGGCGACGCAAAGCGCGGGGCUUCCCUUGCGGUUCUCCUUUCCGUGUCCCUAAUGCCCAAGUCUCUGCGACUACAGCUGCUGGCACCAGUCAGGAGGGACGCGGGUAGUGAGUGGACGCCGACAAAGUUUGGACUACAUCUCCCGUGAUGCCUAGCAGCCCAAGGACUAGUCCGUCUCCUCGAUCCCUUCGGGCUGCUCCACGUCCGCCUGGACUACACAUCCGGGCAGAGUCCGCCGUGGGCGCGGCGCUCACGGUGGGCGUGGCAUGGCCCGAGGCGGGGCGAAGCGAAGCGGGGCGGGGCGGGGCGGUGGCCGCCUAACUUGGCCUGGCGGCGGCCUAGACGAUGCCACUGCUGGUGGACGGCCGGCGCGUCCGUCUGCCACGGUCGGCUGUGGAGCUGGUCCGGGCGCACCCGCCUCUGGAGGCUCCGUCUCCAUUCUGGGUUCUGAUGAUGCUACCACUUGUCACAUUGUAGUCCUGAGACAUACAGGAAAUGGGGCAACCUGCCUGACACAUUGUGAUGGAUCUGACACCAAAGCUGAAGUCCCCUUGAUAAUGAGCUCCAUAAAAUCCUUCUCUGAACCUGCUGAGUGUGGAAGGCUGGAAGUACAUCUUGUGGGAGGCUUCAGUGAUGACAGGCAGCUGUCACAGAAACUUACUCAUCAGCUUCUUAGUGAAUUUGACAAACAGGAUGAUGACAUUCACUUAGUGACAUUAUGUGUAACAGAGUUAAAUGACCGGGAAGAAAAUGAAAAUCACUUUCCAAUUAUUUAUGGCAUCGCUGUCAACAUUAAAACUGCAGAGAUUUACAGAGCUUCCUUUCAAGAUCGUGGCCCAGAGGAGCAACUGCGUGCUGCAAGAGCUUUAGCAGGAGGCCCAAUGAUUAGCAUUUAUGAUGCAAAGACAGAACAACUUCGAAUAGGCCCGUGUUCCUGGACGCCAUUCCCACAUGUGGAUUUCUGGUUGCAGCAAGAUGACAAGCAAAUCCUAGAGAGCCUUUCCACGUCUCCUCUGGCUGAGCCCCCCCACUUUGUUGAACAUAUUAGAUCUACCUUGAUGUUUUUAAAAAAAUUCCCAUCUCCAGAGAAUAUACUCUUUCCUGGAAAUAAAGCUCUCCUCUACAAAAAAAAUAAAGAUGGCUUGUGGGAAAAGAUCUCUCCAGGGAGCUGACAUCAGAUCAGAGUUUACUGAAGAAUUCAUCUUCACCUGAUAAAGAUGGUUGCUGGUUUGGAAUCUACACCUGCACACUUUUACUUCUUCCUUCCUUACUGUCUUUCAAAAUAAAAUCUUAUUUUGGCAAAGGCAA